AUGCCUACUAAGAUUGAAACUGUUGCAAUUGCUGGUGCAUCUGGCACCCUGGGACCCUACGUGUUCCAAGCACUUGUCAAUGCAGGCUUUCGGGUCUCAGUUCUGACUCGUUCUCGAAAGCCUGGAGCAUAUGCCUCGGACAUCAACGUCUUCGAAGUUGACUUCGAUUCAGUGAAGUCACUAACCACUGCACUUGAAGGUGUGGACGCUGUAGUAUCUACAGUGGGUGGCACAGCUGUCGACAAUCAGGCUGUGCUUAUCGACGCCGCCGUUGCCGCAGGGGUGAAGCGUUUCAUUCCUUCUGAGUUUGGCAGCGUUACCACCAAUCUGGAGCUCGAAAAAUUUCCGCUCUAUAGUUCCAUGUUUAAGAUUCGGACUUAUCUCCAAGAAAAGGCAGCAGCUGGAGAGUUGUCGUGGACAGUUCUUGCAUGUGGCGCCUUCUUGGACUCUGCUUUGAACACUCCAAUUUUGCUGGACUUCCAGAACCACACUGUGACUAUGCUCGACGAAGGCGACAAUCGGAUCAGUUCUACUUCCUUGCCUGUGGUGGGAAGAGCUAUUGCUGCAAUCUUACAAAACUUUGACGCCACUCAGAACAAAGUCAUACGUGUAUCAGAGGCAAUUUUGACUCAAAACAAACUGAUUGGGUUUGCAAAGGAGCUUCGGCCUGAUAUCAAAUGGAGGACUAGCAAGGAGCAGACAAGCGUGCUUUUGCAGGAAAGUCUGGAACAAUUUGGUGCUGGAGACUUCAGUAUGCCGACUUUUAUGAAACUGAUGAAAGGCACCGCUCUCGCUGGUGAUACUUAUGGUGGCGCAUUUGAUGUGACGGACAAUGAGCUGCUUGGGAUCAAAGAAUUGGCACCGGCGGACCUGAAGAAGCUUAUCGCCGAGAAGCUCGCCUAG